UGUGCUGCUCCGGCGGCAGACUGCGCUGGAUGAGCGCUGCAUCUCAGCACAUGUCCAACGUUGCCCAUUUAAGGACGCCGAGUGGGAGACUGGGGAAUGACGUGUGACGUGUGCAACGCCGAGCCAGGAGCGGAUCUGUUGGUGGAACGGCGGGGAGAGCAAGAUACGGUUGCAUUGCUGUCCACUGAAGUCACCCCACCAUGCGUGAAUACAAGCUAGUGGUGCUCGGCUCAGGAGGAGUGGGCAAGUCUGCACUGACGGUCCAGUUUGUUCAGGGUAUUUUCGUGGAGAAGUAUGACCCCACAAUAGAAGACUCCUACCGGAAGCAAGUUGAAGUAGAUGGACAGCAAUGUAUGCUUGAGAUUCUAGACACAGCAGGAACAGAGCAGUUUACAGCCAUGCGGGACCUCUACAUGAAGAACGGUCAGGGCUUCGCUCUGGUCUACUCAAUCACGGCACAGUCCACCUUCAAUGACCUCCAGGACCUCCGCGAGCAGAUCCUACGAGUCAAGGACACAGAGGACGUGCCGAUGAUCCUGGUGGGGAACAAGUGUGACCUGGAGGAUGAGCGUGUGGUGGGGAAGGAGCAAGGGCAGAGCCUGGCCCGCCAGUGGAACAACUGUGCCUUUCUAGAGACCUCCGCCAAGUCCAAGAUCAACGUCAACGAGAUCUUCUAUGACCUGGUGAGACAGAUCAACAGGAAAACGCCGGUGGAAAAGAAGAAGGCCAAGAAGAAGUCCAACUGCACACUGCUCUAAACCUCCCCAUAGCAGCAGCUCUGAGCCAGAAUGCUGUCUGAAUGAAGAUCUGUUGCUCCAGUGGACAGCAUUCCAACCUCACUCACCAUUUUUUCGGAUAACUCUUGGAAAACUGUCGGAAAAGGCCAAGCCGGAGCCUCUCCCCCUCGCUGCCUCCGAGCAGGAGGAGUGGGGGAGGGGUGUAGAGGGUGGGGGAUCCGCUCCAAACCCACCAUCACCCCCACCCUCAGCUCUUUACUCAAACCCCCUGAUCAUCACUUGCCUUCGCAUAACGGAACUGUGCAGAACUGCUCGGAACACAGCAAACGGAACCGACCUGCAUCCUCCCCAGCGCUUCCAGAGAGAGACAGAGAGAAGGAGAGUGAGUGUGUGUAAAGGAGAGCGAGAGAGCCACUCAGACUUUGGGAAUGAUGGUUGUGAUUUGUAGAUCUCUGGGAAUCCUCUGGCAACACAGGCUCCGCCUCCUCCAGAUUUCCUGUCUUUGCAUCCAAUCAAAUCAACUCUGAAAAUCAAGAUAACGGCCUUCCGUCAUUAAUGAUUACUCCAACACUCCGAAGCCCCCCCUCCACCCAGUCUCCCCAGCACUAAUACUCCUGUACCCCCAACCGAAUUUGCCCCAUGUGACCUCCUCAUUCUUUUUAAUUUUCUCUUUCAUUUCUCUUCUCCUAAGUGACUGUUUUGUAUUUAAAGUCUCCAGGCUAUCAUAUCUCCUGUAAUAAUAUAUUCUGAUGUGUUGGCGGUCAAUGCUACGGAGGUCACCUCAAGGCCAGGGAAAUAACAUGAAAUAAGAUUUCUAUGUCAUGGAAAAAAAAAAUCUAUUGUACUAAAACAAACUCUAAUAUUAUUUCUUGUGUUUUCCUGUCAAUGGCAAUGAAUAUGAUAAUUUUCCAGCUUUUAUGAACGAUUAAAUUUUAGUAUGUUUUCA